UCUAAGAGUCAUCUUAUUCAAUACCAAAAUUUCUUGACAUCGUAGGUAUCUGUCUUCAACUUCAAUGGAAUCCUUGUUGUCGAGUUGCUAUUCUCUCAAGGAUAUUCGCCAAAUCUCUCCUGAAGUUCAGACUGCUCUGAAGCAGGGAUAUGCGAAAGUAUGUUGCUUGUUAAUAGCAUAUGCACUCGGGUUUUAUCUCCAUAUCCUAUUGGACAAUGGAUGUUUUUUCACUGCCUUGGCAACAUUUGAAUGUAUGCUUUGGUUGAUCGCCACUCCUCCAUGGGAAGAGCACAAAAGGUUAAUGACAUAUUACCUAUUUAGCAUUCUCUACGGAGCCUCCUCUGUUUCUGUAGCCAAAUUAUUCAUAGAUUUUGACACGCGCAUGUGGGUGAGUGAAUACAUAGGAGCUGCCAUCGCAUUUGCUUGUUUCUCAGGCGCUGCCAUGCUAGAAAGGCGUAGAGAGUUUUUUUAUCUUGGAGCUCUUCUUUCCUCUGGUGUUUCAAUCUUCUUCUGGUCACAUUUUGCUUCAAAAAUCUUUGGUGGUGCCACUGCUUAUUUCCAAUCUGAGAUUUAUUUUGGGUUAAUGGCGGUUGUUGGUUGCAUGGUUGUUGCAACUCAGGUGCUCAUCCCAAAGACUUGGAUAUGUGAUGCAGUUGAACAAUUCGGACGGAAGGGAACAGAGGAAGAAUAUGAGGACGAGGGGGAUUAUGAACAAAAGCUGCAUUCAACUACAAAUAAAAACUCGAUACAACUCCUGGCUGAUCUCAACCUUAGAAAGACACCUCAACUUCUGGAAUUGCAGAUACAAUAUGAGGAUGUUGAGGAGCUCAUAACAUUAUCACCUGAGAAAAUCUUAUUGAAAUGGAUGAACUUUCAUCUUAAGAAAGCAGGCUACACAAAAACUGUAACAAAUUUCUCUACAAAUAUAAAGGUGAGCACCUACGCGUUGCUGGUUGAAGAUGUACUUGAAGUUGUAUCCGAUACAGUUGUGGUGCAUGAAGCUGCAGCCUCACGCAUACAACGCCUAACUAAGUUUGUCGAAUUUGAAUCAUUUUAUAGCAAACCAUGGUGUUUUUCCAUAAUUUGA